AUGGAGAUUACACAAGGAAAAGAUAGAGUUUUGCAUUUGCCAGAAAAAUACGCAAAGGAAAUUCUCAAGAAAUUCGACAUGGAAAACUGCAAAGAUAUGAAUACUCCUAUGAACCAAAAAGAGCAGCUAUGCAAAGAUGAUGGAGCUGAAAAGGUGGAGGAAACAUACUUCAGAAGUCUCAUUGGGUGUUUGAUGUAUCUUACAACAAUAAGACCCGAUAUAUUGUAUGAUGUAAGUGUUCUACCAAGGUUCAUGCAUUGUCCGAGUGAAGUACAUUUGAAGGCAGCCAAAAGAAUUGUGCGGUACAUCAAAGGAACCAUCACUUAUGGAGUCAAGUUUCAGAAGAGUCAACCUGUGAAGCUUUUUGGGUAUUCUGACAGUGAUUGGGGCGGUUCCGUGGAUGAUUUGAAGAGUACUUCAGGAUACUGUUUCAGUCUUGGUUUAGGAAUUUUCUUACAGGAUAUUGUGGCUCAAUCUACUGCCGAAGCUGAGUUUCUGGCAGCUACAUCAGUAGUAAAUCAAGCAUUGUGGCUGAAGAAAAUUUUGGUUGAUCUGCAUAUGGAGCCAACAGGAAGCAUUGAAUUGAGUGGUGAUAACGGGUUAAUUGGUCAGAAGUUCACAUUAUGUGAACAUUCCAAUGUUCACAAUAUACUCUAA